UGAGUGGUGCGUGAAUGCGGGCGCGACGGGGCUCGGUCUCCGCGUCCGCGGUUUGGAAAAAAACUCUUCUCGAUUCAGUUUGGAAUCACAUUCGGUGGAGUUCACAUCGACUGGAAACGGAAGGCACACGGCGCGCGUGAGGCUUUCGCUUUAACUGUUUACCGAUUCUGGGCAGCAGGACACGACUAUUGGCUCAACUUGGGCUUCCUUCGCAAGGGAUUCAAGCAUUUUCGCCAUCCAAGCUGAAUCUGGCUCCGUUGACUUUUGCGUUCAAUUAGAGAAGACCUCGUGAAGGUGUCCUGCUGCAAGUAAGGGAGUCCCGAGCCGGCGUAGGGUAGUAGUGACGUCACCGCGCCGGGUCAUUUCCGUUAAACGUUUGCAGCCGGCUCCGGCGAUCUUCCUCCGAUUUUCGGCAACCAGUUGUCCGUUACUUCGGUCUCAUUCAUACUUUCAAGCGUUUUUUCCUGAUUUGAUUGUGGUAAACAAAAUUUUAUGCACUUUGAACUCGUUCGUUAUAUCAAGCAAUCGCAGUAAGCCCGCAGGGGUCGCAGGGGCGUCUGUUUGGAGAGGUUUUCCCGCGAUCGCGAUUCUGCGGUUGUCUGCGACUGCAGUGCGAUAGGAUCAUAAAAUCGUUUGCAAUUAUUGUUCUGCAUUUGUGUCGUUUGCUUGCGGCGUGACCGCAGCCCGCAAAGAAGUUGAUCGUCUGCCCUCGACCGUCGGUCGUACGUUGUCGUUCCGGCGGAAACUACCAAAGGCGGAUGCGGUCGUUCUGCCCCCGAGUGAGCGGGAAAAUUUGAAUUGUGAAUUACUUUGAAUUUUCUAAUUCGUUCCUUGAAUUUCUCUGGAUGCAGUAGAACAGGGAAAUCUCCCUAAUUUUUUUGUGCGUGCUGGCUUAGUGCAGUUUCUUCUGUUUGUUUGUAUGAGAUAAGUUUUGGCUUUUGUUCUUUUGUGUUUAUAAUUUUUGCAUUUUCGAAAAAAGAGAAAUGUUUUGAAUUGUUUCGUGCAAAUAUUUCAAGUGAUUUCUAUUUUUUCUUCUGCUCUCCUUGCGUUUACCGGCGGAAAGGAUGCUUAGCGUCUGUGUUUGCAAGAUGAUUCCGGAGGAUUUUUAAAGAAAAUCCUGUUGGUUAACGACUAUCGCAAACAGUGAAUUGCGUGCUGGAGUUUAACAUUUUUCUGGAGCCUAGUUUGGUAAAAGUGUCAUUUUCUGGAUGAAAUGUUCACAUGGUGAUCAGCUACCAAGCGGCCUAAUGCGAAUACGAUUAAAUACAAAUAAAUGGGUACAAUGAGGCCAAAUAAAUACGAUGUUACCACAGCUUACGGUCUAUGCCAAGAUUUUGUACCUCCUGAUGGUGGUGAUUUCGGGCGCAUUAUGCGAAGAUGCUGUUGUUCUAAUGGCGGAAUGUCCAAGAACCAAAUUGUUAAAUAUGGAUCCCAAAGGAAAAGUACAUUUAUCACCAGAAGGUCCUCCAACGCCAAACAUAACGUUAGGAGGACGCAUCAUUACAACUGCAGACGGCAAGAUAAAAGCACUCACAACGUUAUACUUUAAAUCGCGACAAAGAUACUUAUGCUUCGAUCCAAAUGGGAAACUUCGCGGAGAGUUACAACUAACCGAUCGUUGCUACUUUUUGGAGAAAGACGUUCGCGGUAAAUAUCAGUAUCGUUUGUGGCAAAAUGAAAAGCUUGUCGUCCAAUUCCGACGAAAGGGAGGCAAUCCACCAUGUUCAGAAUUUCAUAAGAUUAAUUCAAAGAAAUAUCAUGCAGUACCUUCACCAAUACGGGCGUCAGCUCGUACCAGUUUUCCUAAUGACAUUAAUAAUAACAAUAGCAGUAAUAAUCGGCAUAAACACAACAAUAGUCUAAGUACAAUAGGAGGCAGCGGCACUAGUAGCAAUAAUAGCGGCGAGAGUCGUCAUCGUCACAGGCACGGUAGCCAGAGGAAGCAAGUGGAACGACGAAGAUCGCACCAGCGCAGCAAAGAAUUAGGCGUGAACGAUCCUACUGCAUUGGUUCCAGCCGCAGGGCAACAAAAUGGCGGCGGCAACAAACACAUGCCACGUGACCGAAGCAAAAUGGGGGCGCCGGGCAGACGAAAACACAAUCGUGGCAAAAAGCACAGGCAUCAUCAGAAUAAUCGGCAAGGUGGGCUGGCAUUGACAGGCCCAAGUGCACCUGCUAGCCAGGAGCAGAACCAAAAGCCGGACCAUAGUAUCGAGAUCGCGAACGUGGGCCAAAGCAUAGCGAACAAAGAGGGUAGUGCCUCGACCGGUCCUAGACACAGGAACGGCAAGCGGCGAAGCUACUCAAACGUACACGAUGAAUACUCGAAUGAUGAGCCAAGUGCAAUAAACGAAAGGCCAAUACAAAAUAGUUUGACUGAUUUCCCCAAUCCUAGCGCUAAAAAGUAUCAUAUUCGUAACUGGAUAACCAGCAGCAGCAGCAGUAGUGGUAGCUUAAGUAGUAUUAGCGACGCUAACGCCGAUAGAAUACAUAAAUCUACUAAUUCUUAUAACAAGAACAGUGAGGACGAGGACGCUGAUAGCCUAAGCAGCAGCAAAAGCAGUAGUAUUAGCCCUAGUAGUAGCCGCAGCCGUCUUAUUAGCAGCAUUGCCAGCUCGCAGUCACCGCCUAGCCAUAUGAAAAAGUAUUACCAGAACAAAACAGCACAUUAUAAGUCGCCAGCGGUAUUGAAACCGGAUAAAAUGCGUAGGCUCCGGAACCGGCCUACCCCCAACAAUGACAACAGCAACUAAGCAUAAAAAUCAAAUGAAAAGUAACAUGUCGAGCAACCAUUUUGCAUCAAAAUGUUGGCAACGCUGGAUUAUUUUAUUAUUAUGAAUAUAUUAUGAUAGUUCUUAGUUGUACGUCUACUCCGCGGACUCCGUACCUAUUUUUUACCAUUUCCCCCUCAUCCCCUAUACGCACACUUUUUAAUGUCAGUAUUUAAUAUUUUAUUUUAAAAUUUUUCAUUCCUGCUAAUGUAUUAACAGUUUUUGUUUGUACUUUUUUUAUUUUGUGACAAUUGCAAGCAAAAUAAUUUUUUAAAAUUGAAUCAACUAUUUGAAGGAGGAAAUGAUUCAACCCGAAAUACAUUCCGACCCGAAUUUGGAGGUCCUCAAAGACCCAUCCCCAUCGCAAGCCAAAUCCACUUCAAUUGAACCCUUAAAUCCGCUCUCUACACUUCAUGUAUAAAGACCCCACAAAUCGAAUUUAUUUCCUUCUCAAAUGACCAGUUCAAUUGUUUUUAUUGAAAGUCCUUAUUUGCAAGGAUCAUUGCCAAGAUCAGACUUUGCAUUGUGCGCGGGGGCCGUCCCUCCUGCAGGGGAGCCGGCCGAAGUGCCGAAAAUUGGUUUUGAAAACGAAUGGAAUGAGCAAAUGUAUAAUUUGUAGUGAGUAAAUACUAAAACUUUGUAUAGAGACGAGCGUCAAGAUUGUCCGUUCUAACCAGUAACAAUAUGCAGCUUAAAUGUUAUCGGAUUAAAGAUAAUCAAUCUAUAAAGGAAGCUUAAGCAGAAGAUGCGUUUUAUAUACAAGGAGAAAUCUGUAUUCUGUAUACAUAUAAAUAUAUAUAAACUUAUUACAUUCGACAAAUGAAGAAAAUAAUAAAAGCUGUUUAAAUUAAUAUAUAAUAAUUAUUUUUAGAAUUAUUAUUGUAUAUGUACACAUGUAGCGUUUAAAUGUUCAAUGUCUACAUUUCUCUGUCUCUCGAAUAUUUAUACAUCCCCCACACAAACCGUAAGAGGUAAAUUGAGAUUUCAAUUCAUUGAAAUUCGCAUGGAAGCAAGAAAGCCAUAAUUCCAGAAAUCUAUGUAUGACUACGUAGCUCUAUGUAUAUGCAAUGUAAACAUAGAAAACUACCCAUGAAAACCAUAACCAUAGAAAAAAGAAUGCAAUUAAUGUUUAACAAUAAACAAAGUGAAAUGGACGAAAAGUGAGAAAUAAAAACUAAAAUUUAAUUCAAAACAAACACAAAGCGAAAUUUUUUAUUUACGUUUCACAUUUUACCUUUCUUUUUAUCUUUCUUGGUGACUUCACUACAUUCCAAAGCAAUAAUGAGAAAAUUGAAUGGGAUACAAAGUCAUGUAAAAGACUAUCCAGGAUUAAUCUGGAAAACUCUAAUUACCCUAAAUUAUUCAAGCGUGGAAAGCUAAUCCAACCCCCGAGGGUACUAGAAGCCUUAAGCCUAUCAACGCUUCAAGCUUUUUGCAGUUACAUAUAAAUUACAAAAAUUACCACACAAAAGUCAUAUUAAAAUAUGAAACACUUUUAUAUAAAAUUAUAAAGGCACACGCACAUAUAUAUACACUCACAAAAAGACAAAGCAUGCACACAAUGUAAUUUAUUCAUUAUACAAUAAAGAAAGAAGAAACCUCGA